AUGAUUUUAUUUAAAUCUAUUCUAUGGUUAUUUUUAAUAUGUUGUUCAUCAACAAACAUUUUUGGUCAAAUCAUAACCAAUUAUAUAGCUUAUCAAACAAGGUUUACAUAUGUUACAACAUGUCCAAGAGAUCAAUAUUAUGAUAUUGCAUUAUUACAAUGUUCACGUUGUCCAACAGAUUCUGUACAGAAACUUAGUGACAAAACACAAUGUGAAUGUAUAAAUGAUACAUAUUAUUAUGAUGUUAAUCAAGGUGGUGGUUCAUUGAUAUGUACGGCAUGUACUGCAGGAUAUGUACGAUCAACUGAUGGAUUUGGAUGCAUUUUGCAUACUACUACUUGUAAUGUGACAAAUUCAAGUGUUAUUAUUUCGGAAUCGAAUCUUAAUGGUACUUUAUAUUCGUCCAGUUCAUCAUCAGCUCAACCAAGAAUCGGUAGUGAUACAUGUACACAAUGUGUAGAUGGUACAUGGUCUGAUCCAGAUAGUCAACGAUGUAGUCCAUGUGCUAAUGUCACUCCGCAUACUGAUCAGCCACCUCAAACAAUUAGUUGUUGUUUGACGGCUAGUAGUGAUUUGAAAGAUGGUAUGUGUUUAACUUAUGUAAUUGGUGCAUUGGGUCUUGGUUUAUCACCUAAUUAUUUCAAUAGAUUUAAUAGUCCAACAAUAUCUUUAUUUUUUCAACAACAUAUUGAUGCAUCUGUAUAUCUUUGUCGAAUGAAUUUAAGUCCAACAACAGUUCAAUCAUCUAAUCGAACUCUUUUAUCGAAUGGAACAGCAUGUCAAGUAUUAGCUAAUAUUGUUGCAAUGCAAUUUUAUUAUCCAGUAACUAAUUAUGCUUAUGAUCUAUAUCAAAGAUAUAUAUGGGAACCGACAUCUCCACAAAUAUGGACAUCUUCAUCGAUUCGACCAUCAAUACCAUUUCUUGCUUAUCCAUCAACAUAUUAUGAAGAAAUAAAUAAUUCAUCUUAUGAUUGGAUACCAUCAACACAGAAUCAAAAUAAUACAUUAAACAUAAAAUUAGCAAAAUAUUCUGUUACAGGAACAUAUUUAGGUUUAUUCAAUGCUUUUGAUGCAUAUAUACAAUUAUGUGGUGGUGCUUAUACACAAGGUGGACCUGCUUUUACAUUUGGAACACAAUAUAAAAAAACAUGUUUUAUUCGUGCUGAUGCAUUGUGGAAUUCGACAUUAUACGAAACUGCUUUCUUUGAUCCAUAUAUUGUAUUUACUAAAUCUAAUAUCGAUUAUAUGUUACCAACUCCUGUUGUUAUAAAAAAUUAUAAAACAGAUCGUGACACGACUCCUAAUCAAAAUAAUGAUGAAUCUAAAUGGAUUUAUCAUCGUCGUUUUUUUCUACUUGAUAGAAUUUCUGGUGUUACAGUUACUAAUGAAUUAAGAAAUAUUCAUUAUGCAAAAUCUAUAAAAAUUUUAAAUAUAUUAUCAAAUGGAGGUGCAUAUAUGCAACCACCAGUAAUUGUUAUAGAAUAUGAUGAAUUAACUUUAUCCGAUAUAGGCAAAGGAAGUCUUGUAGAGAUUACAUUUGAAACUGAAUAUCGAAUGAAUCUUGAUUCACAUAUUCGUGAUGUUUGGAUAGCAAUUGGUGUUUUAUGUGGUUUGGGUAUAAUACUUGCAUUGAUUCAAACAUGUAUUUGGCAUUCAAGAGCUGGAAAACAAAUUAUUGAUUUAGGAACAAUUGGUAAAUUUUUACUUUAUAUUAUUCAUAUUGUGGGAACAAUUUUUUUCAUUGUUAUGGUGGGUGUAUCACUUUGGUGGUUAAUAUUUUUUAAAAGACCAGGUUCCGCUUUUCUUGUUAUACCAACGAGUAUUCAACAAACUUCAUUUACAGUACUUGUUGUUGUUACAUUUAUACUUAAAUCAUUAGAUAUUCUUCAUAUAAUUAUUCGUCAAUCGAAUAUUGAUAUAUUUUUUAUGGAUUGGGAAAAGCCGAAAUCAAAUGAUAUAACUGAUGUUUCAGUUUGGCGAACAUAUUUUGUAGCAAAUGAGUAUAGUGAACUUCAAACAUUUCGACGUGUUAAUAGCACAUUUCAUAUAAUAGCUGUUUUAUUUUUUUUGAAAGUGAUUAACUUAGAAAAUGUAGCUACAGCUCAACCAGGAACAAAUCUUUUUCCAUCUUCAUCUAAUUAUAAUGCAGAUUAUAAUGGUAUUUUACGUGUUGGUAUUGCUUUUUCUAUGUGGCUUGCUACUGCACUUGUUCAAUAUUUGGUUUAUGUAAUUUUUUAUCAACGUUUUGUUGAAGAUCGUAUAAUUAAUUUUAUUGAUUUAUGUUCAGUAUCAAAUAUAAGUGUAUUUAUACUUAUGGAUAAUCAAUAUGGAUAUUAUAUACAUGGUCGAUCACCACAUGGAAUAACGGAUGUUGAUAUGAAAGAGAUGAUGAUUAAUUUAGAACGUGAAUCACAAGAAAAUACUGGUAGAAGAGGUUUAGAAACAAAUUCUGAUGAUCAAAUAUUUAUUAUUAAAGUUGAUCGACCAGUUCGAUCUCAAUAUGAUCUUCUACUUCGAAGUUAUCAACAUCGAAUUCUUACACGUGUAAAUAAAAAAAUUGAAGAACGUGAAUCUGAAAUUUUAUUAGUAUCAUAUCGAGGUUUAAAUGAAUUUUUAUGUGCAUUUAUUAAUCGUUCAUUACCAACAUAUCCGUAUACCAUACGUCGUCGUAAUUUAUUUGAAAAUCUUCUAAAUUGUGAGUUUCGUACUGCUAAUACAUCUGAAUUAUUAGAUCAUACAGAAAGUUUAUUCUUGAUUGAUCAUGAUAGAAAUUUUUCUAAAACAAUUUUUGCUGGUUAUGAAAAUUCAUUAUUUAUUUGGAAUACAGCAACAUUUCUUUUUGUUGAUUAUUUUGCAUCGAAUUAUGUUUUAGCUGCUAUUAUUACUUAUUUACUCAAUUUAAUUGCUGUUCAAAUACGUCAAUCAUUAGGUCAACAAAAUUUAGCGAAAAAAACAUUAAUUCCAAAGAGUUUUCUCAUUUAA